GCUUGCCUAGUCCCUGGGGGAAGGGGACUGGGACGAGCCCUUGGCUGAGCACCUCCCCAGCCCUUUAGAAAGGAGGUUUUCCUUUCACUCCUCUAGCCUCAGGCUCCACAAUCAAACUCUCCCUUUCCAAGCCCCAGAGCUCAGCCCAUUGUGCCCCACCCCAGCCGGUGAGGUAGUCCUGGUUGUGGGGUGCAGGUUGUAGAGCUUGGAGCCGGGCCUUGGUUAUUUCAGAUUUGUGCCCAGGAAGCUGGGCUGGGCUGGGCUGAGCUGGUUCCCUCCUGCUGGGCAUCUGGCCCUUGGAAGCUCCUCCCCAUCCCCUCCUUAUGGAUUCAUUUGGCUUCGGGAGACUGGACUGCAGGGGGGAGUAGAGGGAGGGGGUUAAGGAAAAGGGAGUCGGGAUAUAAGGGCCGGACAGCUCCAAGACUUACCUGACAGGAAGCAAUUUAGGAGGUGGCGGCAGCAGCAGCAGCAGCAGCAACAGCAACAGCCCCUUACCCAAUUCUAUGCUCCAAGUGGUGAGUGGACCAACGGAGUGUUGAUUCCUUCAUAUUGGGUGCAGAGGUGCUGUCGGCCACAAACCACACUGAAGACACACCCGCCUGAAGAUCCGCCUGUCUUUCUGGGCCAGACCCAAACUGGUGACUAACUGACCAAGGUGUUAUUUCUCUUUGUCCACUAACCAUUCCAAGCCUCUCUGACCACACGGGGAGACUCACACACUAUGUGCUUAUUUGUUUAUUCUUGGUGAGAGGGACCAGGAGUGACCCACAGGCAGCACCCUAUGCCAGAUUCCUGAGCCCUUGCUGCUUCUGAAGGUGCCCUGAUGUGGCCUCUACCUCCCGCCUGCUCUUUGAUCUUGCUGUGGCUAUGCCAGGCCCCCCUUAGCUGGCAACAGUCAUUGGGAUCCCUUAAGCUUCGGCUGGUGGGCGCCGGGAGCCAGCCCGAGGAAGGUCGCCUGGAGGUGCUGCACCAGGGCCAGUGGGGAACCAUAUGUGAUGACGACUUCAGCCUCCAGGAGGCCAAUGUGGCCUGCCGCCAGCUUGGCUUCGAGGCUGCUCUCACAUGGGCACACAGUGCCAAGUACGGGCAAGGGGAAGGCCACAUCUGGAUGGAUAAUGUGCGUUGUGCGGGCACUGAGAACUCCCUGGCCGAGUGCAGGUUCAAUGGCUGGGGCAUCAGUGACUGCAGCCACUCUGAAGAUGUCGGGGUCGUGUGCCACCCCCAACGCUUACCUGGACACCGCUCAGAGAAGCCAUCCCAGACCCUGGGGCCCCAGGGACAGCGGUUGGAGGAGGUACGGAUCAAGCCCGUGCUGGCCAGUGCAAAACGGCGGAGCCCCAUUUUGGAGGGUGUCGUGGAGGUGAGAUAUGAAGGCCACUGGCGGCAGGUGUGUGACCAGGACUGGACCAUGAACAACAGCAGAGUGGUCUGUGGGAUGCUGGGCUUCCCCAGUGAAACGCCAGUCAAUACUCACUUCUACAGGAAACUCUGGAAUAUGAAGAUGAAGGACCCCAAAUCCAGGCUGAGGAACCUGACUAAGAAGAAUUCGUUCUGGAUCCACCGGGUGAACUGCCUGGGGACCGAGCCCCACCUGGCGAAGUGCCAAGUGCAGGUGUCCCCACGGAAGGGCAAGUUGCAGCCAGCCUGCCCCAGUGGCAUCCAUGCUGUGGUCAGCUGUGUGGCGGGACCUCGCUUUCGACACUCCAAGGGGAAGCCCCGCCGCAAGGAGGAGGCCAAGGUGCGGCUCCGGGCUGGGGCCCAGGUGGGUGAGGGCCGGGUAGAAGUGCUGAGGAACGGCCAGUGGGGCACCGUCUGUGACCACAAGUGGAACCUGAUCUCAGCCAGUGUCCUGUGUCGUCAGCUAGGCUAUGGUUCUGCCCGGGAGGCCCUCUUUGGGGCUCAGCUGGGCCAAGGGCUGGGGCCCAUCCACCUGAGGGAAGUACGGUGCAGUGGGUAUGAGAGGGUCCUCAGCGACUGCCCUUCUCAGGAAGCCUCCCAGAGCGGAUGUCAGCAUGAGAACGAUGCUGCGGUCAGAUGCAACAUCCCGAACAUGGACUUCCAGAAGCAGAUCCGGUUGGCUGGUGGGCGAAGUCCGGAGGAGGGCCUGGUGGAGGUUCUGGUGGAGAUGAAUGGGGCCCUCCAAUGGGGAGCCGUGUGCAGUGACCUCUGGGGACUCAAUGAGGCCAUGGUGGCCUGCAGGCAGCUCGGUCUGGGUUUUGCCAGCCACGCCAUCCAGGACACGUGGUACUGGCAGGGCACUCCAGGGGCUGGCAAGGUGGUGAUGAGUGGGGUGCGCUGCUCAGGCACCGAACUGGCCCUGCAGCAGUGUCAGCGGCACGGGCCCAUACACUGCUCCCACGGGGUCGGCCGCUUCUCAGCAGGAGUCACCUGCACGGACAGUGCCCCAGACCUGGUGAUGAAUGCACAACUGGUGCAGGAGACAGCCUACCUGGAGGACCGCCCCCUGAGUCUGCUAUACUGUGCCCAUGAGGAAAACUGUCUCUCGCAGUCAGCAGACCACAUGGACUGGCCCUAUGGGCACCGCCGCCUGCUGCGAUUCUCCUCCCAAAUCCACAACCUUGGUCGGGCGGACUUCCGACCCAAGACUGGGCGCCACAGCUGGAUCUGGCACCAGUGCCACAGGCACUAUCACAGCAUUGAAGUCUUCACCCACUACGACCUUCUUACUCUCAAUGGCUCCAAGGUUGCUGAAGGACACAAGGCUAGCUUCUGUCUAGAGGACACCAACUGCCCCACAGGGCUACAGCGGCGUUAUGCCUGUGCCAACUUUGGAGAGCAGGGGGUGACUGUGGGCUGCUGGGACACCUAUCGUCAUGAUAUCGACUGCCAGUGGGUGGACAUUACAGAUGUGCGCCCCGGGGACUACAUCUUCCAGGUGGUUGUAAAUCCCAAAUUUGAGGUAGCCGAAUCAGAUUUCUCCAAUAACAUGAUGCGGUGCCGAUGCAAGUAUGAUGGUCAUCGGGUCUGGCUGCACGGCUGUCACACAGGUGAUGCCUAUGGAGCCAACAUGGAAGUCUCCUUAGAACAGCAGCAGCGACUCAUGAACAACCUCAUCUGAGGUCCUGGACAUAACCUUCCACCUGCUGCCCAAACACCAGAUACCUCAGCUUACUGGAGCCAUACUCUUCACGGAGCAUCAGCCUCCUGAUGAGGGGACAGUGCCCAGAAGCACCAAGCACAUGCUCAGGGAGCCUUGGAAGGAGAGAAUGCCAAACCAGGAUGGGCAUAGCUCCCUGAGGAUGGCACUGGGCUUGGACCUCUGUCAAAUGGAGCCCGCAGAUGCCAAGCCCGAGGUCUCUUACAGAGCCACCAUUCCCCGGCUCCACAGGCUCUUACCUUCUUGGGAUAGCUGGGAGCCCCCAAUCUACGGUGCUUUAUAUAUUUUGCAGUGGCACUGGGGAUAGAGCCAAUACGGGUUUGAUGGAAUUGUUGUCAGCAGUUCAAGCAACACAGCUUGAGUAAAAGUCAACGGUGACAUCUAAGUCAAUAUGAUCGUAGAAGUGAGUGGAUUUGUCCCACACUUUGGACCCAUCCAUGGCUUUCCAUCCCCUCUCCUCCCUGCAUCACGGUCCAGUCUUCUUUUUGGAUCCUCACCCACACUCAGCUGUGUGUCUAUGGGUUCCAUCUCCCUGGCAACUUAGGUCUCAGGUCACCACUAGCUCCUGAUGUCUGUAACGAUUUAUACAGGUCACACAGAACAAUGGCCCGGAAAAACCCAGUGGAUGGUAAAAUCUGGGCCCUGGGGCACGCCAGGGACCUUUUUGCACCAAAGAAUGAUGUCUGUCUUCAAUUUGCUUGCCUCAGGGACUGGUCUCUGGUCCAGUUUAAUUCCAGGUCUGAAUAAGGUCUCUAGA